UCGAACAAGAUGACGUCUCCAAAGUUGAUCUUCUUUCUGAUGUGUUUGUUCUUGGGAACAAUGGCUCAGACGACUGAUCAGAUAUCAUCCUCAAGUGUUCGUCAAGAGAAACGUUUUGUAUCUGCUAAACCUGGAGAAAGUGUGACUUUGAGAUGCUUCUAUAAGGCUAGUGAUACAAGUUGGAUUUACUGGUAUAAACAAACUCUGGGACAGAAACCGAGGCUCAUUUCUUCCAUCUAUCUGUAUAAGGCAAGACCCACUUUUUAUGAUGAAUUUGAGAACAAUUUACGCUUCAGACUGGACAGUAGAAAUAGUUCAAAUCAGUUGACGAUUUUAAAUUUGCACAUUUCAGACUCAGCUACUUACUACUGUGCAAUUUUCUCCAAAUUUGUCUUCGAUUUUGCGGAAGGCUCUUUUAUUGAUGUUCGGGGUUCAGGUGUGAACACCCAACCUUUGGUUCAUCAGUCAGUAUCUGAGAUCAUCCAGCCUGGAGGCUCUGUGACUCUGAACUGCACAGUACUCACAGGCAGCUGUGAUGGAGAACACAGUGUUUACUGGUUCAAAAACUCUAAAGGAACUCGACGAGGACUCAUUUACACCCACGGAGGCAGCAGUGAUCAGUGUGAGAGGAAACCCAACACUCAAACACACACCUGUGACUACAACCUGCCAAUGAAGAACCUGAAUCUUUCUCAUGCUGGGACCUACUACUGUGCUGUUGCCUCAUGUGGACACAUACUGUUUGGAAACGGGACCAAGCUGGAUUUUGAAGAAGAGGUCAUCUCUCUUGUGUAUUUCUUGAGUGGAGCUUUGGCUUUCAACUCCAUUCUGGUCGUUCUACUGGCUUUCUUAGUGUGCAAGCUGAACAAGAGAAACAACUGCCAAUCAACAGAGUCUGAACCAAGACUAUCAGCUCCUUCGACAGCAAAUACAGAGGGUUACCGGCACGCAGACAGCCUCCAUUACGCUGCUAUAAGUGUCAAUGUGCCCAACAGAGCAAGACGACAGAGGAACAUCACCAACAGUGAAUGUGUGUACUCUGGUGUCAAGCUGUAGACCUACCAUUUCAAAUAUAAUAUAGACCUAAAAGUAGAUUUUGAGAUACAUUUUUUUAUCUUAGUGGUCUGCAGUCAAAAGAUGAAGCCAAGUACACAAUUAUCAAUGUAUUUCAUGAAUGUUGCUCCAUGCCAACAAUCCCAAUGCCCCUCAUGCAGGCAGAUUGACAAAAGCUCUUUUCACAUCUUAGUGAUGUAGUUAAUAUCUGACUGUUUUCCUUUACCCUUAAAAAUGUGUGCAUUCUUAUGUCCAUUGUAUGUCAUGUCAUGAUCAAAAAGGGCUAAUUUAAUAAAUGGA